AUGCGUCUUGAAGUUAUCGAAAAUUUCCCAACAGGCCACGUCCUUCUGACAGACAGAGGAUGCGUGGUUGCAUGCAAUUUAUGGGAUUCGAUGCAAAGAACUUUUCUCUGGCCAGGAGGAAGCACUAACGGUGGAAGUAUCCAGCCGCCACCUCUUGUGAUGCCGUGUCCUCAACCUGUCCUCCUUUCAGACCGAUGUUACCCUAGCUGCACCUUCUUCAACUGCUCCAUCAUCUGGGCAUCAUCCUGA